AUGAAAAGCGUUGGCAAGGAAAAAAAAGGGAAAUUAGCCCAGCACUUCUCAAGCCAAGUGGAUAAAGCUGCAUUAAGCAAUCUUGCCCAAUUUGCACACAACAUGAAGCAUGUCGAUGUUAUGCUCAAUAAGCAAUUGAGGGCGGCCAAAAUUCAAGAGGACGAAAACAACCAACAAAACCAGGAGAUAAUAUUGGACAUUGCUAAAACAUUAGGAAGACAACAACUGGCAUUCAGAGGCACUAAUGAUGAUGCUGAUGGAAAUUUUCUCCAAAUAACAAAUCUUGUGGCACGCCAUAAUAGCCAUUUAAAGAAUUCGUUGUCAAAUAAAAAAGAUGAAGCCAUAUUCUGUGAAAUAUUUAUCUACUAUCUCUCAAAAUGA